CCUCCAUUCCUGCUGAUCCUCUGCAGUCACCAUGGCAAAGUGGUUCCUGCCACUGUACGGGCCUCUGGAGGACAAGUUCCUGCUAGAGGAGGACCAGGAGCUGCAGACCCAGAUGGCCCUGUGCAAGAGGGACUUCCGGGUCCUCAAUGACAGGGUCCUGGGGACUGUAGCCACUGCUGGCUAUCUGGACCACGUCUUGUGGAGCUAUGAACAUCAGAAUGACCAGGAAGCAGUGAGAGAACAAGAGCCAGUGGCCCCCAGGGUGCAGAUAAUCAUCUGCAAGGAAACCAUAAUAUCUUUCAUUCCGGACUUGUCAGCUAAAGAAAUCACUGACCAGGAGGACAAAGAACUUGAGAUGAUAACUACAAGGCUCGUCCUCCUACUCCCAGAACUGGCAGAUCCUCAUGCCUCCUGGCUUUUGCCAGAUGGACACUACUUGACUUUUGCCUCCUUGCCUGAUGUGUCUGACAACUACUGGCCCCACAGGAGCUCUGCCUUCCAGGCCUGGGAGGAAGAGGGAAUCUCUCCUGCUCAGCCUGGAGCUGAAAACCAUCCUGACUCAGAGGAGCACAGAGACUCGAGCCAUCUGUCUCUCAGCAACAUCAGCAGGGAGUCACCUGAGGGAGAAGAGGAUGAGUACUCCCUGGAUGAACGCUACCUGACUCCUUCCUUUGACUAUGAUGUGUCAGAGUGCUGCAGACCUUGCAGCCAUGAUGAGCAGGAGGGGUCCGCUCAGGAUGGAGCGGAACUGGACUCAGAGCCUUUCAUUGGAUGGAAGAACCCUUCCAAGCCAGAGGGUGAUGCUUUUGAGAACCUGGAAAGCAGCAAGGCAGAGGGUCUAGUCAGUCAUCUACCUCUGGCCUCAGGUGUCCAGAGACAGAACAGCACCACAAGAAGUCAUCUGUUUGGCAAACGCAAAAUUGCAUGUCGCUUCCCUGGCCUGCAGAAGUAG